AUGUCUAUAAGUAAAAAUCUUGGAAAAAUAGCCGCCCAUGGACAUGGUAGUAAUUGUGACAAGAAAGAGAUGAAAAGUAGGAAGUCAUUGGCUUUAGACAGAUUCAUACCUCAUAAUACGUCAAAUCAUGCGUACAAAGUGCUCAAAACGUCACCAGAACAACCAAAUAAAGCAAUUGAAAGAUCCAUAGAUCCAGAGAGAUUCAGGUCCACAACUCCUGCUUUUUUUUCCACUUUUGGCAACAGUGAUCAAUUUAACGAUUUUAAUGAUAGUGAUGAUAUUAUGAUAACAAGUACUCCAAGGCGACAGGAAACACAGUAUCAUAAUUCCGGGGAUACUAAUGAUGUGAACACUAAUAAUAGUAAUAACAAUAACAAUAAUAAUAAUUAUAUUAAUAAUGAUAACAAUAAUAAUAAUAAUGGUAAUGAUAAUAAUAAUGACAUUAGUAAUAAUAAUAUUAAUACUAAUACUAAUGUUAAUUACGAUACAGGCUCUGACGAUUUAAUACAUAAAAAAUUUAUCGAAAUAUCCUUAGGCUUAAAUUCUCCAAAUAGAAUUCUGAAUUUUAACCAUAAUGCAAGAUUUGUACAGGUAAAUACACCGAUUAGUCAAUACAAUCAAACAAGUAACGAAUUCCCCGUAACAUCAUCACAACAAAUUGGAAAAUACAAUAGGCCAAAAAAAAGAUUAAAAUCACAUAUUCCAUUUAGAGUGCUCGAUGCUCCCUCUCUCAGAAAUGACUUCUAUUCAAAUCUAAUAUCUUGGUCAGGUAAAACAGGUAACAUACUGGUUGGACUAGGUUCGGCAGUUUAUAUAUGGUCGGAAACUCAAGGCGCAAUCCCCAUUUUGAAAAUUGAAAACAGUAAUGAUUUUAUUACGUGCGUCUCAUUUAGCCCUAAUAACCUUUACUUUAUAAUCGGUACAAAAUUUGGUUAUUUGCUCUUGUUUAGCCAAAUUAACCUAACGGACAAUAUUACACCACUUUGUAAAAUAAAAUUAAAUUCAUUCAAGGGAAUAACUUGCACAGAAUGGUUUCAUUUACAUGAUUCUAUUGAAAAUCAAAAUUUUUUCAUCUCUGGUGAAGAAACUGGAGAAAUUUCACUGUUCAAAAUAAUCGAAACUUCCAACAAUACGGAACUUCAUUGUAUUGGUAAAAUACAAGCUCAAAAACAGCAAGUUUGCGGUAUUUCAAUUAAUUAUGACAAUACUAUGGUUGCUGUAGGCGGUAAUGACAAUUCCUGUUCACUAUGGGAUAUCAAAAGCUUUAAUAAUGCUAAAUUAAAGUUUUUGUUAAAUCACAAUGCCGCAGUGAAGGCAGUUGCAUUUUGUCCAUGGUCUAAAUCUUUGCUAGCGACAGGUGGCGGUAGUAAAGAUAAAACUAUAAAAUUCUGGCAUACAAAAACUGGAACUCUAAUCAACAAGAUCAAAACAACCGGUCAGGUGACAUCCCUGAUAUGGUCCAGUCGGUACAAACAGAUUGUUGCCACAUUUGGCUUCGGAGAUAUUGAAAAACCUUUGCUGUUGAUUUUGUAUUCCUAUCCCAAAUUAACACAAUUGCUAUAUGUCAAGACGCCACAACCACUACGAGCAUUGAGUGCUGUUCUUUCACCAGAUUUCACUUCGAUCUGUGUCGCAACAAAUGACGAAACUCUUCGUUUUUUCAGACUCUGGGAGGAUAAUGAAGAUGUUAUCAUCCAGUCACAGAUGGAGGGCCUGUAUGGUUCACGCUUGAUUGAGUUCAUGGAAGGCAUCCACCACCUUGAUAAGAAGCAGAAUUUACGAUAA